AUCGUCAUGGAGUCGUGUGCAUUCCAAGACAGUAGGGAGCCUCAUUUAAGACCUCGGCCCCUUUUCGCUAUUAUACCAGAAAAUGUUUUAUUACAGAUUCUCAGAUUUGUUGUUUCAAUAACUUUGAACCUCUAGAAUUCCGGUCUUAUAAGCAUCCAAUACCGCCCCAGGUUGAGUACAUGCAUUUCUCUCGCUACCUACUAUCUUUCCACAACUCUCGUUUCCUUGCGCGCUGUCCUCACGGUCUUUGACAUCUGAAAACUCGCGUACCACUCAGGCCAUUAUUAUCACUCUUUUGCUAUUCUUGCUACCUAGUAUCGGCCAUUUUCAAACAUGCAUUUUAACAUGAACAUCCUAGCCGUCGCCGGUCUCCUGGCUGCUGGCGUCACGGCGCAGUCCUCGACAUCGUCAUCAUCAUCAUCUGCUGCUGCCUCACCAUCGAUGGCUGCUGGCAGGAACGGAACCGCUCCCGUCUGGAAUUACUUCAACACUACUGUCACCACGGUGGUGGUUGUUCAGCAGUUCACGACCGUGUGCAAGGAGGCUACUACGCUCACCUUCAACGGCUGCGAGUAUCCUGCUACCAAGGGCCAGCACAUCGUCGUCACGAACUGUCCUUGCACUGUUACUACGACUGUCCCGACUAUGACCUCGUCUCUUUGCCCGCCGGAGUACACGUUACCAGCCAUACCAGCACCACCACCAGUCCAGGUUGCUCCCCCGCCAAAAGUCACUCCUACCGCCAUUAUUCCCGUCCAAAUCCCCAGCCCUUCUCCCCACCCAUCGUAUGUCCAGGUCGGCGGCGCCUCGCUAGUUGGAAGCAGCAACGUACAUGGCCUCGUUGCCGCCGUUGCUGCUGUGUUUGCUUUCGGGCUCUAAGGUGGAUGUGUACGGCAAAUGCCUCGCUCAUUCGGUCUAUGUUCACCUAGGCAUGUAGUACUACACACAGGGCCUGCAGGGUCCGAAGGCUUCAAUACAGACAAUGAGUACUCAGUUCGCUAUUU